GGCAUCAAGCCGUGCGUCUCAUCCUUCGGAGCUGAUCAAUUCGACGAGGCUGAUUCAAGAGAAGUCCAAACCAAAUACGCCUUCUUUAACUGGUUCUUCUUUGCCAUAAACAUAGGUGCGCUGUUGGGAAUUACGGUGUUGGUUUACAUACAAGAUAUCAAAGGGUGGACUUGGGGUUUUGGAAUUCCAACAGUGGCCAUGAUCUGCUCCAUUGCCAUCUUAGCCGCUGGUGUUCCAUAUUAUCGUUAUCAAAAGCCCAUGGGCAGCCCUUUCACUAGGUUUAUUCAGGUUUCUGUGGCCUCAGUGAGGAACCAUUUUAAUGGGGUUGAGGUGGUUCGUGAAGCUGACCUGUAUGAGGUUAAGACCAACCAGUCUGAUAUCUUGGGUGCCCGAAAGCUACCUCACACUACACAAUAUAGGUUUUUGGACAAAGCAGCGGUGGUGACAGACCCAGAGGGCAGCCCAAAGAGUCGUUGGAUGCUAUGCACAGUGACCCAAGUAGAAGAAUUCAAAUGCUUCAUAAGAGUCCUCCCCGUAUGGGCAUCAACCAUAGCCCUCUCCAUCUCAUUCUCUCAACUCUCCACCUUCUUCGUCAGCCAAGCCAACAAAACCAACCGCCACCUCGGCCCCAACUUCGAAAUCCCCGCAGGCUCCGUCCCCCUAUUCGCCGCAAUCAACGCCCUCAUCCUCGUCCCCAUCUAUGAAAAAUGGAUGGUUCCGAUCAUCCGGAGACGCACGGGCCACCCACGUGGCCUCACAUCGCUACAAAGAAUGGGAGUCGGGCUCUUUGUCUCAAUCUUUGCCCUGGCCUCAGCUGCCUUGGUUGAGAAGAAACGCCGAGACCACUUAAACCCGUUGAGCAAGAUGAGUGUGUUUUGGUUGCUUCCUCAGUUCUUUCUCAUCGGCACCGCUGAGGUUUUUACGUACGUGGGACAGUUGGAGUUUUUCUAUGAUGAAGCCACGGAUGGGACAAGAAGCAUAAGCAGUGCAAUGUUUUUGAGUGAGAUUGGGAUGGGGAGUUGGUUAAGCACUACGCUUGUUAAGAUCAUAGACAGUGCGACUGGUGGAGAAGAACAAGGGUGGUUGAGGAACGACUUGAACAUGAGCAAGCUUGAUUACUUUUAUUGGAUAUUGACAGCCAUCAAUGGGGUUAAUUUCUUGGUGUAUUUGUGGGUGGCUCAGCGUUAUAAAGGUAGGCAUGGUUCAAGCACCAGUGUGAGAGAUGGGGACGACAGUUGA